CUGGAAUUGGGGCCUGGUACCAGAGUCCUUUCCAGCUUAGUCUUCGGCCGGGUUUCCCGCCGAAUGCAAAGGCGCACUGUGGACUGGCUCUUUCUUUCCGCCAAUCAUAUCCGCCAGCCAUUCAUCACCGAUUUUCUUCAUCUUCCCCUCCCUCUUCCGUCCCUCAGGCCCCGACCCUUUUGCUCUCAGCUGGUUAAGGGACACCGGGCCUUCCGGGCUGCGCAUGCGCUGCCGCGUCUGCCAAGAAGCGGGCAGGGGCGCAGGCGCAGUAGUGUGAUCCCCUGGCCAGUCCCUAAGCACGUGGGUUGGGCUGUCCUGCUUGGCUGCAGAGGGACUGGAACCUCGAUAUUGGUGGUGUCCAUCGUGGGCAGCGGACUAAUAAAGGCUAUGGCGCCAGCAGAAAUCCUGAACGGGAAGGAGAUCUCCGCGCAAAUAAGGGCGAGACUGAAAAAUCAAGUCACUCAGUUGAAGGAGGAAGUACCUGGUUUCAUACCAGGCCUGGCAAUAUUACAGAUUGGCAACAGAGAUGAUUCCAAUCUUUAUAUAAAAGUGAAGCUGAAGGCUGCUGAAGAGAUUGGGAUCAAAGCCACUCACAUUAAGUUACCAAGAACAACCACAGAAUCUGAGGUGAUCAAGUACGUUACAUCUUUGAAUGAAGACUCUACUAUACACGGGUUCUUAGUGCAGCUACCUUUUGAUUCAGAGAAUUCCAUUAACACUGAAGAAGUGAUCAAUGCUAUUGCACCCGAGAAGGAUGUGGAUGGAUUGACCAACAUCAGUGCUGGGAAACUUGCUAGAGGUGACCUCAAUGACUGUUUCAUUCCUUGUACGCCUAAGGGAUGCUUGGAACUCAUCAAAGAGACAGGGGUGCCGAUUGCCGGAAGGCAUGCUGUGGUGGUCGGGCGCAGUAAAAUUGUCGGGGCCCCGAUGCAUGACUUGCUUCUGUGGAACAAUGCCACAGUGACCACCUGCCACUCCAAGACUGCCAAUCUGAAUGAGGAGGUAAAUAAAGGUGACAUCCUGGUGGUUGCAACUGGUCAGCCUGAAAUGGUUAAAGGGGAGUGGAUCAAACCUGGGGCAAUAGUCAUCGACUGUGGAAUCAAUUAUGUCCCAGAUGAUAAAACAAAUGGGAGAAAAGUUGUGGGUGAUGUGGCAUACGACGAGGCCAAAGAGAGGGCAAGCUUCAUCACUCCUGUUCCUGGCGGCGUAGGGCCCAUGACGGUUGCAAUGCUCAUGCAGGUACUUGUGAAUAAAAGUUUCUGUAAGAGUUCUGAAAAGCUGAUUGAAAUAACUCCAACACCCCUGGGAGAAGGGAAAAGCACAACUACAAUUGGGCUAGUGCAAGCCCUUGGUGCCCAUCUCUACCAGAACGUCUUUGCAUGUGUGCGACAGCCAUCUCAGGGUCCCACCUUUGGAAUAAAAGGUGGCGCUGCAGGAGGAGGUUACUCCCAGGUCAUUCCUAUGGAAGAGUUUAAUCUCCAUCUCACAGGUGACAUCCAUGCCAUCACUGCAGCUAAUAACCUCGUUGCUGCGGCCAUUGAUGCUCGGAUAUUUCAUGAACUGACCCAGACAGACAAGGCUCUCUUUAAUCGUUUGGUGCCAUCAGUAAAUGGAGUGAGAAAGUUCUCUGAUAUCCAAAUCCGAAGGUUAAAGAGCACAGUAGAGAGUGCCAAGCGUUUCCUGGAGAAAUUUAAGCCAGGAAAGUGGAUGAUUGAGUAUAACAACCUUAACCUCAAGACACCUGUUCCAAGUGACAUUGAUAUAUCACGAUCUUGUAAACUGAAGCCCAUUGGUAAGCUGGCUCGAGAAAUUGGUCUGCUGUCUGAAGAGGUAGAAUUAUAUGGUGAAACAAAGGCCAAAGUUCUGCUGUCAGCACUAGAGCGCCUGAGGCACCGGCCUGAUGGGAAAUACGUGGUGGUGACUGGUUGCCUGUCUGCUAUAGUGUUGGAUACCAAUGAUAGAUUCCUGAGGAAGAUCACGAUUGGACAGGCUCCAACAGAGAAGGGUCACACACGGACGGCCCAGUUUGAUAUCUCUGUGGCCAGUGAAAUUAUGGCUGUGCUGGCUCUCACCACUUCUCUAGAAGACAUGAGAGAGAGACUGGGCAAAAUGGUGGUGGCAUCCAGUAAGAAAGGGGAGCCCGUCAGUGCCGAAGAUCUGGGGGUGAGUGGUGCAUUGACAGUGCUUAUGAAGGACGCAAUCAAGCCCAAUCUCAUGCAGACAUUGGAGGGCACUCCAGUGUUUGUCCAUGCUGGCCCGUUUGCCAACAUCGCACAUGGCAAUUCCUCCAUCCUUGCAGACCGGAUCGCACUGAAGCUUGUUGGACCAGAAGGGUUUGUAGUGACGGAAGCGGGAUUUGGAGCAGACAUUGGAAUGGAAAAGUUUUUUAACAUCAAAUGCCGGUAUUCCGGCCUCCGCCCUCACGUGGUGGUGCUUGUUGCCACUGUCAGAGCUCUCAAGAUGCACGGGGGCGGCCCCACGGUCACUGCUGGACUGCCUCUUCCCAAGGCUUACAUAGAGGAGAACCUGGAGCUGGUUGAAAAAGGCUUCAGUAACUUGAAGAAACAAAUCGAAAAUGCCAGAAUGUUUGGAAUUCCAGUAGUAGUGGCCGUGAAUGCAUUCAAGACAGACACAGAGGCUGAGCUGGACCUCAUCAGCCGCCUUUCCAGAGAACAUGGGGCUUUUGAUGCCGUGAAGUGCACUCACUGGGCAGAAGGGGGCAAGGGUGCCUUAGCCCUGGCUCAGGCCGUCCAGAGAGCAGCACAAGCACCCAGCAGCUUCCAGCUCCUUUAUGACCUCAAGCUCCCAGUCGAGGAUAAAAUCAGGAUCAUUGCACAGAAGAUCUAUGGAGCAGAUGACAUUGAAUUACUCCCCGAAGCUCAACACAAAGCUGAAGUCUACACAAAGCAGGGCUUUGGGAAUCUCCCCAUCUGCAUGGCUAAAACACACUUGUCUUUGUCUCACAACCCAGAGCAAAAAGGUGUCCCUACAGGCUUCGUUCUGCCCAUUCGCGACAUCCGCGCCAGCGUCGGGGCUGGUUUUCUGUACCCCUUAGUAGGAACAAUCCUCAUCCAUCUUCAAGAAGCUACUUUGAAAGUCUGGCCAGUGUCUAUUCAGGCCCACUGGGAGUUAGGAAGCAUAAGGAAGCCAAGAGAAGUCAGCCCCUGCCCAGAAACUAAUAGUAGGAGUUUCCCCGGAAGUCAUUUUCAGCCUUAAUUCUCAUCAUGUAUAAAUUAACUUAAAUCAUGCUCAUGUCUAUUUACUUUAGUGACGUUCCACAGAAUAAAAGGAAAUAAGUUUGCCA